CGAAAUUUGGGAGGGAAGAGAAAACACAGAGAGAAAGAAAGAGAGAGAAUUGAGAGCAUGAGAGAAUGUCCAACCUGAGACUCAUCCACGAGCUCCGAGAACGCAUAGCCGCCGCGACCUCCUCUUCUCCCAACAACCAAAACGACGCCGCUUUGGAGAAUCGAUUCCGCGCCGUCCUUCCCAACCUUCUCCAUGCUCACGUCGUCCCCUCUCCCACUGCGAGUGAGAGAGAAGUGAUAGCUAUACUGAGGCUGAUCGGUUACACGGCGAAGCAUUUUCCCGGCGUCUUUUACCAUGGAAAGGCCGGCGCGAUUCUCCCCAUGCUCGGUCGGAUUCUGGCCUUCUUCGCAGAGCCGGCGUUCCGGUCUAAGCAUGGAGUGAUAUUCGAAACGCUUGGACCACUUUUGACCUUACUUCGCAGCGGAGCGCAGGAUGCAUAUCGUUAUUUUUUCAUGGAUUGUAUGCUUGUUGUUCAAGAUCUUUUCUGUGUUGCAUCAGUCAAUGCGGAUAAAUCAAGUUUUACAGAAUCAAGUAGAGUGACUUUAAAGUGUUUCUGCGAGUCCUUCAAUGGAAUUUUAGAUGAUCCUUCACAUCUUGGAGAUCUCCCAGACAGUAUCAAACCUGUUGAUGACACUGGGAUCUUGAUUGACCUUACAGGCAAUACAAGGUGGCAACCUUUUGCAACUUGGAUGAUUAAGCUUAUUGGAAAAUGCUUAACUGAAGGAACUCUAUAUGUGGAUGGACUUGUCAAUAUGCCAUUUGUUAUGGCAGCAUGUUCACUUCUUUGUUAUGGGGAUGCUGAUUUGCAUGUGGCGAUUUUUGAAUUUGCGCGCAUCAUUGGAUCUGCUACAAAAUGUGACGUCAUUCCUUAUCAUAACAUGAUCCAGUCGAUAUCAUCUAUAUUAAGCGAGGACAAAGAUGGAACUCCUGCAUAUAGGAACGCGGGUUAUGAUUCGUCCAUGGGUGGUUGCCUAGAGGUAUUGCACUCUAAUUGCCCUGAUGGUAUAGUCAAGCUAACGGCUGCGCAGUUAGUCAAUGUAUUUCCUCAUUCAAUGAGGAGUACCCAAAGCCAGGAGCUUAAGGUUGCCUUGUGCAACACAUACAUACGAAUUGCGAAGAUGUGCCCCCCUUAUAUCUGGAGGCCGGAAUCUCUCGUAUAUGUACUUUCAUGUCCGGAACCCUCCUUCUCAUUGAUAGAUUGUUUACAUGUUGCUCUCUCUAUACUUGGUUCUGAUGUUGUUGGAGGAAGAAUAACAGAUAGUACCUGCCGAAGUUUUUCCUCAGUAAGUGAUAAACCAAUUGAAACCUCACAUGUUGGAGAAAAAAGACCUAUUGGGGAUGUGGAUUAUUUCAAGAUCAAACGUCAAAAGAUUGAUGAAAAAGUCAUCAAUCCUGAUUCCAAUAGUCAGUUGGAAUGGCAGCGUACUCAUAUAGUUCCUUAUGAGACAGAAGACUAUGCAAAUCGGAUGCAUAAAUCACUCCUUUCUUUUGCUGGAUGUUUAAAGUCUCCUGGAAUCAGUCCUAAUUCCUUGGGACCUGAUCUUGCUUUAACGGCUCUUAGCAUUCUUUGCAUUGCGUUCUGUAGAUAUCCAGAGACUUAUCUAUCAUUAUGCAUCUUUCAUCAGAUGUAUGCAUGGAUACCUUGGAUAUGCCAACAGGCAAAGGAAGGAAGUACCGUAGAACUUGAUAUUUCCAUCUACCUGGAAGGAAUUCACUGCAUGUUAUGUUUGCGAAAUUGCUUAAUGAUGAAGUGUAUGGAUGGAUUGCCUGUUGAUUCUGAUCUUAUACUUGUCCUUUUAAAGCUUCCGUGGACCCAUCCUCAUGUAGUUACUGACCGCCAUCAAUUGUGGAAAAUAAAAUGUAUAUCACUUCAAGUUGCAUGCAAACUUGGUCGUAGCGCAAGAUUUGAAACUCAACUUGAAGUAUUGGACCUGGGUCUUAAUGAUGAAUGUGAGGAGGUUAUAAUUGAAGCUAUACAUUCUAUGCCCGUGAUUGCCAUGUGGUCUAGCCUCAGUGGCCUUUCUCACGUAUUCAGAAGGCUUGAGCUAUUGGGGCAACAGAGAACUGAGAAGGUGAAGAAAAUCAUUCCCUUUUGUAUUGGUUUUUUGUCAUGUCUUUAUGGAUCUCAUAACAAUGGAGAUGACAAGAAUAGAAGCCGGUGUAAAUUUUUCUUUAAAAUGAAAAGUGAGAGGCACAGUCAAACAGUGGAUUUACUGCAAGGAUUCUGGUGUUCAAUGUGUGACAGAAGUGUUCAACACAAUACCGAGUCAUACUCAAAUAUCAUAGAUCUUCCUGAAAAUCUCAGAGAAUUGGACUGUAAUUUUCACCAUCUUCAGUCUCUAUAUUUUGAGCUUCUUAACGAUGAGUCAUCUGAAGAGGUUCAAGUGGCUUGUGUGAAAAAUAUCCGCCGAGUACUUGUACAUGGGGGCAGAGAGAAUCUAUUGGAGUCAAGAGUUGUAUGGAUUACAUGUGUUAAAUAUAUACUGAUUAAUUCCAAGAAGGCUAUAAGAGAAGCAUUCUGCACUCAGAUUAGUUCGUUCAUUGAGGGUUCAAAUUUGAGUUGCUUAUUUCCUGAUGAGGGCAUGCCAAGUAAUGGUAAAGAACAAGGGUUUUUGAACAUAAUCAACAACUCCUUUUCAGAAACUGCAGACCUGCAAAUCUUUGAGACUCUUUUGGAAUCAACUGCUGAAAUAAUGAUUGCAGUUGAUAUUCAGAGUCCAUUAUUCUUGCUUUCCCUUCUUUUGUUGGUUGAUCAACUUGAUAAUCCACACGCGACAGUGAGAAUGAUUGCAGCAAAGUUGAUACACAAAUCCUGCUGUUUUCAUCUUAAAGGAGGCUUGCAAGUAGUUCUUCUAAAAGUUGUUCAUGUUCGAAAUGAACUCUUUGACUUCCUGUCUUCAAGGCUCUCUAGCCGUCCGACUAUGGUCCAAGAGUUUGCAGAAUCAGUUCUUGGUAUUGAAACAGAAGAUCUUGUCAAGAAAAUGGUUCCAGUAGUUCUUCCUAAGCUUGUGGUGUCUCAGCAAAAUGAUGAUCAAGCAGUUGGCACCUUAUAUGAACUGGCGAAAUGGUUAAACACUGAUGUUGCAGGUCUUAUAGUUCUUUGGGUGCCAAAAGUGCUAGCUUUUGCUCUCCAUCAACGAGAUCUGCGAGAGUUACAAGCUGCUGUACUGUUCUACCAUACACAAAUUGGUUCAAACAAAAAAGAAAUCUUUGCUGCUGCACUAAAUAAUCUUCUCGAUGAACUCAUAUGCUUUCUUGAUGGAGGUGAUUCAGAUGAUAUAAGUGGAAGGUUAGCAAGAGUACCUGAGAUGGUGAAGGAGGUUGCUAGAGUUCUGGAUGAGGGUGAAGAUCUACCAAACUUUUUGCGGAAUCAUUUUGCCCACCUUCUAAACAGUAUCGAUAGAAAGAUGCUCCAUGCAGAAGAAUUUUCUUUGCAGAAACAAGCCUUGCAACGAAUUGAGAUGCUAAUUAAAAUGAUGGGUCGACAUCUUAGUACUUACGUGCCUAAAUUAAUGGUUCUUCUCAUGCAUGCGAUUGAUAAAGAACUCCUCCAGAGUGAGGGUCUCUCUGUGUUGCAUUUUUUUGUUGGGCAGUUGGUGAAAGUAUCACCGGCUAGCACUAAACAUGUCAUUUCACAAGUUUUUGCCGCUCUUAUUCCCUUUCUUGAGAGAGAUGAUGAAAGUCCAGCACAUCUGGAUAAAGUGGUACAAAUUUUGGAAGAACUAGUUCUAAAUAACAGGUAUAUUCUAAAGGAGCAUAUCCGUGAGUUCCCUCCAUUGCCCAGUAUACCAGCUCUAACAGAAGUGAACAAGGCUUUACAAGAAGCCAGAGGGUCAAUGACCUUAAGGGAUCGAUUGCGUGAUAUUGUUGAUGGUUUGAAUCAUGACAGCUUAAAUGUGAGAUACAUGGUAGUGUGUGAGUUGAAGAAGUUACUGAACUUGGAACGGGAAGGGGUUACAUCCCUAAUAACUGCUGAAGCUGGUGCAGAUAUGGAAAUUUUGAGCUCUUUAAUCAGAUCUCUACUUAAAGGAUGUGCAGAAGAAUCAAGGAGAGCAGUUGGACAGCGGCUGAAGUUGGUGUGUGCUGACUGCCUGGGGGCCCUGGGUGCAGUCGACCCUGCUAAACUGAAGGCCUUUUCGUGUCAACGUUUUAAAAUUGAAUGUUCUGAUGAUGACCUCAUCUAUGAGUUGAUUCAGAAGCAACUUGCGCGGGCUUUUAGAGCUGCACCUGACACUAUAAUUCAAGAUUCAGCUGUAGUAGCCAUACAGGAACUGCUAAAGAUUGCAGGUUGUGAGGCCUCGUUACAUGAGAACACUGCUGCUCCUAUGUCAGCUCCAAAGGGCAAAGACCCUCAGCUAGGUUCUGCAUCUGGAAUGAUGACUACUGAUGGUAAAAAUGAGAUGACUAGAAGGGGUCAGAGAUUAUGGGACCGGUUUUCGGAUUAUGUCAAAGAAAUAAUUGCCCCUUACUUGUCCUCUCGAUUUCAACUUCCUAAUGUUGCUGAUCCUGCAUUUGCUGGCCCAAUUUACCGUCCAUCUAUGUCAUUCAGAAGAUGGAUAUUCUUCUGGAUAAGAAAGCUGACUACACAUGCUACUGGUUCUCGUGCAAGAAUUUUCAAUGCUUGUCGAGGCAUAGUGCGCCAGGAUAUGCAAACAGCAAUCUAUCUGCUUCCAUAUUUAGUUCUUAAUGCUGUUUGUCAUGGCACAGAGGAGGCACGCGAUGGCAUAACACAAGAAAUCCUAUAUGUUCUUGAUGUUGCUGCAUCUCAUAACAGUGAGGAUGCAGUGCAUGGAGUCAAUGGUGGGAAAAAUGAAGUUUGCAUUCAAGCUGUGUUUAUUCUCCUUGAUAAUCUUGGUCAAUGGGCGGAUGACGUUAGACAAGAACUAUUCCGUUCUUUUCAAUUAUUAGCUUCUAAGCAACAAGUAUCGAAGACCAGGCAUCAGAAUCAGUAUACUACCAAUCAGGACCAACUUCGUCUACAGUGCGAACAUGUUUCCAAACUCUUGUCUGCUGUUCCGAAGGAGACCCUUGCCAGGGCCUCUUUUAGGUGUCAGGCUUAUGCAAGAUCCUUCAUGUAUUAUGAGUUGUACGUGAGGGAAAAAUCAGGUUCUUUCAACCCUGCAUCUGAGAAAAGUGGUUCAUUUGACAAUGCAGAUGUGGCAUAUCUGAUGGAAAUAUAUAGUUGUCUGGAUGAGCCUGAUGGUCUUUCCGGAUUUGCAUUUUUGCGUAAAUCCUGGGAAUUACAAGACCAGCUCUUGAUCAACAAAAAGGCUGGGAAUUGGGCAGAGGUUUUAACUUCUUGUGAACAAGCUCUGCAUAUGGAACCGACAUCAGUUCAAAAGCAGUCUGAUGUGCUCAACUGUUUAUUGAACAUGUGUCACCUUCAGGCUAUGGUUACACAUGUGGAUGGUUUAAUGUGUAGGAUACCCCAAUACAAGAAAACAUGGUGCAUGCAAGGCGUGCAGGCAGCAUGGAGACUUGGUAGGUGGGAUUUGAUGGAUGAGUACCUUAGUGGAGCUGAUGGAGAAGGUUUACUCUGUAGCAGCUCUGAAAGUAAUGCUUCAUUUGAUAUGGAUGUUGCAAAAAUUCUGCAGGCAAUGAUUACUAAGGAUCAGUUUUCAGUUGAAGAAAAAAUUGCCCUCUCCAAGCAAGCACUAAUUGCUCCCCUUUCUGCUGCAGGCAUGGAUUCUUAUGUGCGUGCAUACCCUUUUGUUGUGAAACUUCACCUGCUACGAGAGCUUGAGGAUUUUUAUACUCUUCUUGGUGAUGCAUCUUUCUUGGAGAAAUCAUUUGCAUUGGAUGAUCCUAAAUUCUCAAAAGUGAGGGAGAAUUGGGAAAACCGCCUCAGAUUUACUCAGCCAUCACUCUGGGCAAGAGAGCCACUUUUGGCUUUCCGAAGAAUGGUCUUUGCUAACAGUGGUCUUGAUUCUCAAGUUGGGAGCUGCUGGCUUCAAUAUGCAAAGCUAUGUCGCAUGGCUGGUCAUUUUGAGACGGCAAAUCAGGCGAUUCUAGAAGCCCAAGUUACCAAUGCACCUAAUGUUCACAUGGAGAAGGCUAAACUUCUAUGGAGCACUAGGCGGUCUGAUGGUGCAAUUGCACAGUUGCAACAAUGUCUCUUAAACAUGCCUGAAGGGGUUGUAGGCGCUGCUGCAAUUUCAUCAAUUACUAGUCUUUCGCUGGUUCCACAGAGCCUGCCCCCUUUAGUUAAUAACACUCAAGCUUGGAAUGAAAAUCGGGAUAUUGCGAAAACACUUCUCCUCUAUUCCAGGUGGAUCCAUUACACUGGGCAGAAGCAGAAAGAAGAUGUCAUAAGUCUAUAUAACAAGGUUAGGGAGCUGCAGCCCAAGUGGGAGAAAGGAUAUUUUUACUUGGCUAAAUAUUAUGAGGAAGUCCUAGCUGAUGCCAGGAAGCGUCAGGAAGAAAAUAUGGAACUGGGUUCUAGGAAACUGUCAUCAGAUACAACUAUUAUUGGUUCUUCAAAAUCAAACACUGAGAAAGCUUGGUGGGCAUAUGUGCCUGAUAUACUGAUAUUCUAUGCAAAAGGGCUUCAUCGGGGCCACAAGAAUCUCUUUCAAGCACUUCCAAGGUUAUUGACCCUAUGGUUCGACUUUGGGACCAUGUAUGAAAGCAGUGGCAAAUCUACCAAUAGAGAUUUACAAAAUGUCCAUAAGCUGGUGAUCAGAUGCAUGCGAGGAUGUUUGAAAGACUUGCCAACAUAUCAGUGGCUAACAGUACUGCCACAGUUGGUUUCAAGAAUCUGCCACCAGAAUAAGGAAGUAGUUCAAGUGGUUAAAAACAUCAUCACAUCAGUUCUCUGGCAUUACCCACAACAAGCCUUGUGGAUCAUGGCAGCGGUUUCAAAAUCCACUGUUCCAUCUAGGAGGGAGGCAGCUGCUGAAAUUCUACAGGAGGCACGAAAAGGGUUCAUCCAAGGAGCUAGUGGAAGCAAUUUGUUUGCUCAGUUUGCCAGUAUGAUUGAUCAUUUUAUCAAGUUGUGCUUCCAUGCUUGUCAAACAAAGGUGAAAACAAUAAAUAUCUCCACUGAAUUUAGUCUCUUAAAGAGGAUGAUGCCGCUGGGAAUUAUCAUGCCGAUUCAGCAAUCUCUAACUGUUAGCCUACCGACAUGUGAUGGGAAGUUGUCUGACUCACUUAAGUCCGAUAUCUUUUCUGCAACUGAUCUGCCUACCAUUUCAGGAAUACGUGAUGAGGCUGAGAUUCUUUCUUCCCUUCAGCGACCUAAGAAAAUUGUUUUAUUGGGCAGUGAUGGAAUUGAACGUCCAUUCCUCUGCAAACCCAAGGAUGACCUCAGGAAAGAUGCACGCAUGAUGGAGUUCACAGCAAUGAUUAACCGGUUGCUGUCUAAAUACCCAGCCAGCCGUCGGCGGAAGCUCUACAUUCGCACCUUUGCAGUAAUUCCUUUGACAGAGGACUGUGGCAUGAUAGAAUGGGUGCCGCACACACGUGGACUUCGACAGAUACUUCAAGACAUAUAUAUGAACUGUGGAAACUUUGAUAGGGAUACAAAUCCAAAGAUCAAGCGCAUAUAUGAUCAAUGCAAGGGUAAAAUACCAGAAGAGGACAUGUUGAAGGACAAAAUUCUUCCAAUGUUCCCUCCAGUUUUCCACAAGUGGUUCCUGACCACCUUUUCUGAGCCAGCCGCUUGGUUUAGGGCGCGGGUUGCUUAUGCACACACUACUGCAGUGUGGUCCAUGGUUGGACAUAUUGUGGGGCUUGGUGACCGACAUGGCGAAAACAUUCUGUUUGACUCUACAACAGGUGAUUGUGUUCAUGUUGAUUUCAGUUGCUUAUUUGACAAAGGCUUGCAAUUGGAGAAGCCUGAGCUGGUGCCUUUCAGACUGACUCAGAAUAUGAUUGAUGGUUUGGGCAUCAUUGGCUAUGAGGGAAUCUUUUUGAAGAUAUGCGAAAUCACACUUUCAGUACUGAGGAUGCAUCGGGAGACAUUGAUGAGUGUUCUUGAGACUUUUGUCCAUGAUCCUCUUGUAGAAUGGACAAAAUCACACAAGUCUAGUGGAGUAGAAGUGCAGAAUCCACACGCGCAGCUAGCCAUCAAUAACAUUGAGGCAAGGUUGCAAGGAGUAGUUGUCGGUGUUGGAGCAGCACCAUCUUUGCCUUUGGCUGUAGAAGGUCAGGCUCGUCGGUUGAUAUCUGAAGCAGUCUCCCAAAAAAAUCUUGGAAAGAUGUAUAUCUGGUGGAUGCCAUGGUUUUGAUGUACCUCAUUCAGAAUUUGUCCUGUCGGGAGUUAAAAUCAACUCAAUUUUUGUCUCUACGGCUCUACCUUUCAAAGGUCAGGUACCAGGCCAACCAGGGGAAUCACGUGUUUCCUGAAGCAGGCUACUGUCUAGAUACAAAUGGCAAGCUUAACUUAUCAAUCCCAGACCUUAUUAGCGGUGCUGUGCAAAAUUUGUAGGUAGUGUGUAUCUAGUAUCU